AUGGCGGAUUUGAAGCAAGCAAGCCGCAGAGACCCCACCAUUUUGCACCCAUUCUUGGCAGAGCGAGCCGAGCUUGUCACCAUCAAGCAGAACAAUCCGAACUCGCGGCUGAUGGAGAAGGGACUUCUGGCCAAGCGGGUUUCUGUGAACGCUGCUGAUGUUGCUGAGACUGGUUUGGAGGCGCCACCAUCCUAUUUUGUGGAACUAUGGAAGUAUCGACAACUUCAUGGUGGUCAAGAUCCAGAUCCUGAACGCAUUGUCAAGAUGAACCUCGGCGGCUUCACUGUGCCUGGUGUGGAAGUCGAGGAUGAGAACAUGAAGGGCAUACACAAACGAAUCAAUCGCAGCUACAACUCGGUCAAAAAGAUUGCUCAUAUUCAUGAGGGAGACAUCACAUUGAACCGUCAAGCGCCAAAUGAGAUCUUUGAGGAGACCCGCAAGCAAGUCAUUUCACAACAGUCAAAAGCACCUGCUUUGUCUAUGGCUUUUGGCACGCCAGUUGGGAUCGCUUCCAGUUCGUCAACUGAUGCUCCCCAGAAGAAGACUGACAGUGUUGAUGCACAAGAUGGCCAUGAGACUCAGCAUGCUGAUGAGGAUGAUGAGGAAGCUACCAACCUCACUUCUUGGCUAUCAGAAUUUGGCUUUUGCAAAAGGUCAGAUGCCACAUCGCCUGCCAAAGCAUCGGCGAAGGCAAAAGCAGAGAAACCAAAAUCAACAAGAAAGAAUCCAUCGUCGACCAUCACAAAGCCCAAGAAGCCAGAGAAGCCAGUUGAAGCCGCACCGCCUGCACCCAAACGUAGGAGCAGCAAGAUGGAGACUUCUGAAGGCAAGGGUGUGGAUGGCCAGCCAGAGCCUGCUAGCAAGCCUGCUGAGGAAGUGGCAGAUGACACCAUCCGAAGACGUGGCCGAAAACAAACAUCGCAACUUGACAUGGAAGACAGGGAGGCAUUGGACAAGAUCAAGGAAGAACUCGCAUCUUACAGCACGAUUGAAGCAGAUUCGAUGGAUGAUUUCCAGUACUAUGUCAAACUGGCAAAAUCCAUGGGGAAAAUCAAUACCCAGCUUGUUCAAAAGCAGCGCACGAUGCAGCGCCGGAGCGCACCAUCAUCUGUUGCUGGUGAGUUUGAAGAAGUUGGAGCUCAGAUCAAAGCUGUCAUUGAUAUUGCCAAGGCUUUUUCAUCCCAAGACGGUGACAAGCUCAAUUCACUGCUUGAGAACAUGUCAGGCUCACUUUCGCUGGGUUUGUCUUCUGAGAAGCAGCGCAUCAAACUACUUGCCUUUGCCGACCUUGCUAGCGGUCGAUGGGAUGAGCUGGAGACGAAGACCGUGCCUAUGAUUUCAGACUUGGACAUUGAUAAUGGUCAAAAGUUUGAGUUCCUGCACCUUCUUGUGACAAAUCUAUUUCAGCGACUCCUCCGAGGAAAAGCAUCUGGUGGCAUUGUCUCUGCCGCAUCUCUUGAUGUGCAUGCCUUUGACUUUGUGCGUGAGUUUACAUCCCGAAUGCCACCAAUCCUUGCAAAGCAAGCAUUCGCACAAACCUCUGAAGCGUUUAAGGAUUUGUCAGAAGACUUUGCGACAGUUGAAGUGCUUUUGUCAGCCAACUCAAAGCUUCCAGCUGAUGUGAAGAAAGCUUUGGAGAAUGUCGCUUCACAUGAGUCUAGGCAAAAACACAUCAGAAGAUCUUCCUUGGGUCUGGUUACCACUAUGAUGAAUGGCUUGCAGGAGAAGCUCAUGGAAACAGCAAACGCUCAUGUCAAAACCAAUCUGAUUCCCUAUGUCGUUGCCUUCACAGCAGACCUCAAGGGUUCUGAUCAGCCAGAGACAUGGACAAUCCGCAAGCUGCAGAGCAUCGCAAACCCAAAGCUGAAAAAGUUGCUUCAGAUCCAUGAUGUGCUCAAGGACUUGAAGGAAACUUUGAACAGUAUGUCCCAAAAUGGUACAGCCCUCGGCGAGAAGGUGGUCCAUGAUUUGGUAACUGGUCUAAGAGCUCUUCAACAGCCAGCAAAUGAGUUUGGUGCAGGCUUGGCUGAUGCCCUUGCAGGCUUGAUUGCGAAAAUCAACUCAACCGCAGACAGCGUCAUUGAUUCAUUUCUGGAGCAGCAGCGAAAGUCUAUGGCUUCUUGGGUUGAUGAACACAAGGACGCUUCCAGUGGAAAGCCUACCUCUGCUGAUGUGGACGCUCUCUCCCAGAUCGUGGAGUCAUUUUGCCGCAGCUGCGCUGCAGCCAAACCAUCUGAUGUAGAUAGACAAUGUCAGGUGGAUGCUGCAACUUUCAUGGUCCGGUUCUUCCAUUGUUGGUCUCUUCUUCCAAGCGCUGAUGAUGAAACAGAGUUGGCGCCUGAGUUCAUCAAGCUGACACGUGAACUUGUGAGCAUGCUCAAAUUGGAGAAGGACAUCUUCAAGGAUGAAGCAACUUGGUCCCAGAUUCACAUGCCCUUGUACUUGAUCAACUUCUUGGAGAACAUGACCGCUCUCUUGGGCAGCGAUAGUGAUACCACAGUGGUGGAGCCAGUUGUCAAGAAUGUCUUUGGCACCUACCGUGCAGGUUGCUUGAAAUCGAUUGCCAAAGCUGAAUCGAAAUGUUCCGAUGUCCUCAACCUCAAUCGCGGAGUUUCAUUCCCAGUGUACAACCCAGACCUGGGUCCUGAUGCUGCAGACCGCACGUAUUGCGGUAUUGCAGAUGCUAUGGCCUUGAAAUUGUUCGCAACCGAAGCCCGCGAUGCAAAGCAGCUUUGUCAAGAAGCAGUGAAAAUGACUGGAGCUCCAACAGAGUCCUUUGUGGGAUACACAAGGGUGGUGAGCUUUCACAGGGAGGUGUUGGAAACCAUGACCACCAGGACGAUCAUCAAGGUGCUUCAGUCCAAAGCUGCUAUCGAAACAAGAAAGAGUCAGUUGGCCAACUGCAUGCAGCUGGCACAGGAUGAGAUGCUCAGUAUCCCCGCCAGUGUGCAAGCUCGCGCAACUGAUUUGUAA